AUGGAAGGAGAACAGAAGGUUGGAGCGAGGAGGCGGCAACACAACGACUACGAAGUCUCCGAGGCGCUGCUGCCCGACGAAGUGCUGGUGCGGGUGUUCGAGUUUCUGCCCCUGGGCGGGAUCGUAGCCGCGCUGCACGUCUCCUGCCGCUGGCACGCCCUCGCGAGCGACCCUCGGGUGUGGAGGCGCCUGUGUCUCGAGCACGGCUUUCCCAAGAUCGACCGAAGCCUGGGCUGCCGCUGGAAGCUGUGGGUCAUGCGCAUGGCCACGCGUAUCGCGGUCACGACGCGCCGGCUGUGCCUGGAACGGGAGGGAGCAGUGUCCCUCAUCACCCGGGCCGAGGCCAGGCGCAGGGACUCUGCCCACAACACCACCACAACCAUUCUGGUGGAGCGCGACGCCACUCUGCUCAGUCUGCUGCGCAUGGCGGACAUGCCUGCCGACCACCUGCUGGCCAUCCGCUUCGUCUGA